AUGCCGAACUUCCUCAGCUGCCCGAGGAAGGAGGGGCGUUGUUGGGCCUUUGUAACCGGAAGGCAGUUGGGAAGGUGUUCAUUCCUGAAGAAGGGCUCGUGCAGCCCUCACUUUCUCGAAGAUGUUCAGGGAGCCUUACUGAGCUAUCCCAGUCCUGUAGUUGGCACCCGCUGUAGCGUCCGUGGCAGAUUGGUACCAAUCAAACGGGCUGCUUUGUCCUGGAUGGUAUCAAGCUACCCCAGUGUCAUCGGAGCUUUACCCGUUCACACAAGAGGAUCUGGACAGUUCCGGUACCUGACGUCGGUUCCCCGUUGCACUCAGCGCCCAGACGCCCCUCCCUCGGAGCCCGGGGUGUGGCCCAGCGUCGCUCUGACCCGCAGGACGCGCCGCAGCAGCAGCUCGGAGACGCUGAGCGACAGCGCCACGGUUACCCGCCCCGGCCGCCGCUCGCUGGGGGGGUCAGGAGCCUCUCGCCUGGCCGGGCCCCAUUACCCCGAGGGUAGCGCCUGCCCCCCCAGGCGCUGGCCAGGCCCAGGACCCACGGCUGGCGGGUCCCAUCGGAGGGGAGCGAGUGAACGGGCAGACCGAGACAUCCACAGGGCGUUGGCGCUGGAGGGUCUGAGGUCCUGGUACAUGCGGGCAGCUGUCCACCGACACCAGGAGGAAUGGGUCAUCCCGGGCUGGAAUCGUGGCAUGGGUUCUAUGCCAGUGACCCCUCAAGUGAACUGGGAGGCGUGUCGGAGAUCAGCGAGGGUGUCCCAGCAGGUCAGGGGCACGCCGCGGGCUCUCUGGUAUGACCCGCCCUCCUGACCGGACGAUUGAGGGGGUGAGGGCGGUGCGUGAGAGUGGGGGCAGGGAGCUGUUGCUCUAAGACAGGGGAGUCCACCCCGCGCUGGGUCUGUCUCCUGGGUAACCAGGGCAAGGGGGGAGAGGGGGGGGGGUGGUGCGCUGGGGGAAUCGAGGGGAAUGGGACUGACCAGCCAGACGCCCAGGGGGCGCACAGAGAUCCUAACCAUCUGUGUGUGUGAGGGGACGAAUGGCCUCUCCAACACGGCCUGCAAAACUGGGCUCGGUUAGGCAGCCUGUGUGAACGUACCAGGCCAAUGUACCCCAUACUGCCCCCUGUAGUCUGCCAGGCACCUCACUCCUUACCCCCCACUCCCCUUCCAUUAACACCCACUCCCCUUAACCCCCACUCCCCUUAACCCCACACCC